GCCAAACUGCUGGCAGCCGGUGAUCAGCAGAAGUAGCCUGCAGUACUGCACUCUAACCACUGCACCACCGCGGCUCAUUACUAUAGCAAUAAAGAGUUUUUAAAAUGCAAGGACCUCUUGUUUGCCCCCACCCCAAAUUGGCAAAAAUAGGCAAUUCAGGGUCUGCCAAUUCAUUGUCACAUACAUUUCUAUCAUCCCUUUGUCCAUUGUGGGUUUACACUUUCCAAAGGAUUAUGUGUACAAAGGUUAGAAUGAAUAAGUGUUUGUUUCUUGUCUUGUUUUGUGCUGAAAGUCUUAAUAAGAGAAGGACUUCUGCCUCCCUUCUGACUUUCCCAUACAAGUGUUGUAGAAGUACUUGAACUGUGCUUCUUGAUUUCAGAUGCUGAGAUGCAGAAAAUAUUAGUGCAUUUUGAGUCACUCAUUUUGGAAGUUGGAAGAUCACCAACCAAAGUUGGCAAACAUGAACUGACGGGGCACAAAGUUGCAGUGAAGAUUUUGAAUAGACAGAAAAUCCGUAGUCUUGAUGUUGUGGGGAAAAUCCGUAGAGAGAUUCAGAACCUGAAACUUUUUCGGCAUCCACAUAUAAUUAAACUAUAUCAGGUUAUCAGUACACCGUCUGACAUUUUUAUGGUGAUGGAAUACGUUUCAGGAGGAGAACUGUUUGAUUAUAUCUGUAAAAAUGGAAAGCUUGAUGAAAAGGAGAGUAGACGUCUGUUCCAGCAAAUUCUUUCUGGUGUGGAUUAUUGUCACAGGCACAUGGUGGUCCAUAGAGAUUUGAAGCCUGAAAAUGUACUACUUGAUGCACAUAUGAACGCCAAGAUUGCUGAUUUUGGUCUCUCAAAUAUGAUGUCAGAUGGAGAAUUUUUAAGAACGAGCUGUGGUUCUCCUAACUACGCUGCUCCAGAAGUAAUUUCAGGAAGGUUAUACGCAGGGCCAGAAGUUGAUAUCUGGAGCAGUGGUGUUAUUCUCUAUGCUUUAUUAUGUGGAACUCUUCCCUUUGAUGAUGAUCAUGUGCCAACACUUUUUAAGAAGAUAUGUGAUGGUAUCUUUUAUACGCCUCAGUACUUAAAUUCAGCAGUAAUUAGUCUCUUGAAACACAUGCUACAGGUGGAUCCUAUGAAGAGAGCAACGGUGAAAGAUAUAAGGGAACAUGAGUGGUUUAAACAAGACCUCCCCAAGUACCUCUUUCCUGAAGAUCCUUCUUACAGUUCAACUAUGAUUGAUGAUGAAGCCUUAAGAGAAGUCUGUGAUAAGUUUGAAUGUACAGAGGAGGAAGUGCUAAGCUGCUUAUAUAAUCGCAAUCAUCAGGAUCCGCUAGCGGUUGCCUAUCACCUCAUUAUAGAUAAUAGAAGAAUAAUGAAUGAAGCAAAAGACUUCUACUUAGCUACAAGCCCACCAGAUUCCUUUCUUGAUGACCAUUUUUCCCGACCUCACCCUGAAAGAGUGCCGUUUUUAGUUGCUGAAGUACCAAGGUCACGCCAUACACUCGAUGAGCUAAAUCCACAAAAGUCCAAACAUCAGGGGGUCAGAAGAGCUAAAUGGCAUUUAGGAAUCCGGAGUCAGAGUCGGCCAAAUGAUAUAAUGGCGGAAGUCUGUCGGGCAAUCAAGCAGUUGGAUUAUGAAUGGAAGGUUGUAAAUCCAUACUACUUGCGCGUUCGGAGAAAGAAUGCAGUAACAGGCACAUAUUCCAAAAUGAGCCUGCAGCUGUACCAGGUGGAUAGCAGGACUUAUCUACUGGACUUCCGUAGCAUUGAUGAUGAAAUUACUGAAGGAAAAUCAGGGACGACCACUCCCCAGAGGUCAGGCUCUCUGACUAAUUAUAGAUCUGGUCAGAAGGACUCAGACCCUGAUAUUCAAGCAAAACCAUCUGAUGCAUCUCUUACCUCUUCAGUGACCUCUUCACUUGACUCCUCUACAAGCGAAUCAACCCCAAGAUCAGGGAGCCACACGAUAGAAUUUUUUGAAAUGUGUGCAAAUCUUAUUAAAAUUCUUGCACAAUGAUUUAUAAGGUUGGCUUUUUUUUACAGCAAUAAGCAUGCCGGAAAAAAAGGAAAAAAAAUCAUAGUCAAAUGCUUCCAAUUAUAAUCAAGUUACAGUUAAACUUUGGCACUGAGAAGACUAGCUACAUUGCAAUUUGCACAGGAAUCGAACUUGCAUUUAGAAGCAGUCUACACUUCAUACUGCAUCCUUCCCAAACCAGACGUCCUCCAGAUGUGUUUGCCAUUCUGUCCGCAGAUUAGGAAGGGCACAUCUGGAGGUUUCCAGGUCAGGGAAGAUUAUCUUUAAUGUACCGAAGCAAAUUAUGAUUCAAUAGUCUACCUGUAUGAUGUGCAGGUACAACAACAGUAUGUUUUACAUUGUGUAUCAUUAGGGCUUCACGGAGUUUGACCUUUAUAUGCUGAUAAUUUAUUCCUUUUACAGUACAUGUGCUCAUUUAUGAGAUCAAAAGGUAAUUUUUGGACACCGUCUUUGCUUGUAUUCUGUUGUGUCAACAAAAGUGUUCCCCUUUCAAACAGCACUUCAGCCAUCUGGCACCUACCCUAAGUUUUCACCAGCCAGUGGUGCACUUGAGUGGAAAAGACAAAAAAAAAUGGUACUCUGCUUUGACCAAUUUGGACUUUGUCCUGAAAAUGAUAAUAACAAAUGUAGCAAUGUUCAGUUUAAUUCAAGGAAGAGAAAGGCAGGGUCUGAAACUACGUUGCAUGGGUUUUCUCCAACAUUUGUUACAUGUGACACGUUUCGGAAGCACUUUGUAAAAUGGGGAGGUGAAUGGUGUUUGAGUGUUCCUUGGAAGGCAAUCAGAAUUUAUAGUACGAAUGCACAACUUCCGACCAUGGACCUAAGCAGGUGACCUUAGGAAGGAUCCAUGAGAUAGGGGUAUCCCCCCCCCCCUCCGCAGCACAACUGAUCUGUGAGAAUGAUACUCUGCUUGACCCAGAUUGCAACUCUGCAGGUUUUCUGACCCAUGUUGGGUGCGUGGAAGCAGUUUUUUGCAGCCACAACAGGAUAUGGAUUCUGUGCCUGAAUCUAAACCCAAUGGUCUCAUGGUUGAUAGGAUAGCCCAGACUGGUAUAUCCAGUUCUUGGAAUCACGUCCUGCCCUGCCCUGGGAUUUCAGUGGCUCAUGUUUUCAUAUAGCUUUCAUACAGAUCUCUAGCAGACCACCCUUCUAAUAAGAGUGAUCUGGAUUUUGCCUGUGUUGCAUAAUCACUUUUUUAUACUGCUUUUAUAAUAUACCGAAUUAAAAUUUCUAAAAGUUUUGAAAGAUGAGUAACUUUGGUUUUGUUUUGAUAUGUAUAGAACUUAAUUGGUUAGGUCAGAAAUGAGUCAGCUGCCACAAAUUAAAUUUUCUUAUUGAAAAAACUGCUAGAGAGAAUCUUCCCCCGGCUCUAACUGUGAAAAAUAUUGGUUUUU